CUAUAAGCGCCGCUACGACUGCGAGUGACGUCAUCUCCAAGCGACCGGAGGAACCGUGAGUCUGCGACGGUUGUCUGAAGACUGUUUACACAAUGAACGCAGUUUGAGACGACUAUUCAGCGUGAUUAAACAUGGCUACACAGCGGGUCCUCCCGCAGAGUAAAGAAACGCUCCUGCAGAAUUACAACAAGAGAUUAAAAGAUGACAUCAAAUCCAUCAUGGAUAAUUUUACCGAAAUUAUAAAAGUUGCUAAGGUGGAAGAUGAAACCCAGGUGUCCAGGGCAACGCAAGCGGAGCAGGAUCACUACGAAAUGCAUGUCAGAGCUGCCAACAUUGUGCGCGCUGGAGAGUCUCUAAUGAAGCUAGUGUCGGACCUCAAGCAGUUCCUGAUUCUGAACGAUUUUCCUUCUGUAAACGAGGCCAUUAGCCAGCGUAACCAGCAGCUGCGCGCCCUGCAGGAGGAAUGCGACAAGAAGCUGAUCACGCUGCGAGACGAGAUCGCCAUCGAUCUGUAUGAGCUCGAGGAAGAAUAUUACUCCUCCAGGUACAAAUAGAUCCUCCAGAGAGCCUGCAAACCUGUAGUAGAGUACCUCUCUCACACACACACACACAAACUACACACCCCUGUGCCUUCAAACCAGCCUUUCUGGACGACUUAUUAGUUUUAUGUUUAUAAGCUCUAAGUGAGCUAUAUUUAUGCAUAAGCACCUUUUAAACCCUCAGUGCCUUUAGUGUGAAACAGGACUAUGAUUCGUCUCAAAGCCAGAAAAAUGAAAUGCACUGUGUUUGGAUAUUACACCAAGCACCAAAUGUAAAUACUACAGUAAAUUUACAGUGAUUUCUUAAACCAUGCGCAUUAUUGCCAAUUUAAGGUUUCAUCAUAGGACUAUAUAGUAACUCUAUAGGCUAAUCAAAUAACAGUGAUGCAGCUACAACAUUCUACCUAAAUACAGUACUAACACACAGCAGAUCAUCCUAUUAUUUCUGUUGAAGAAUAUUAUUCAUUAUUCAUUAUUAUACAGUGCUGUCAAGUUGAUUGCAGCUUCUGGCAAAUAUAUGGAGCAUGUUUCUCCAGAUCAUCCUCCACAUUUAUUAAUUUCUACAUUCUUUUACUUGGUUUUAUUUAGUUUUAUUUGAUAAUAGAUCACUUAAUAUUCAUUGCACAGUGUUUUUUUUUCAACAUUGUAAAUUUUUUGUCCAUUGUGUAUUUUUAUUUUUAUUUUCAUUUCCACAAUCAUUAGUAAAAUGAUUAAUAAUCACUCCCACACAAUUAUAUUAAUGAUGUAGGUAGUUUCUACUCUCCAUAUGAAGAAAUUUAAGUGUGAACUAUUGUUCAGAUGCACAGAAUAGUUCAAAACAUUCUACAUUAGGUUCAGGUUUUAUAAAUCCUGAUUUAAAAAAUGAGGCCUACCUAAUAUGCACCUUUAAGACGUCCAGCCAAGGCGGGGGCUCUGCUAAGAUUUAAACUCGCAAGUUCGAACACGCCGCAACUGGGAUUUAGCUCGUUAGACCACCUUUCCCUUUUUUUUGGAAAUUUGUAAAAAAAAAAAAAAAAAAACAGGCUGAAUUUAUGAAAAAUAUGUUUUAUUCAUUUAGUCAUUCUGCCGUGACAUGACGUUUUGUAAUCGUAGGUAAACGUUUGACGUCAGCUGUAAAUGUAAAGAAUUUAAAAAUCAGAAAGUUUAUUUUGUGUAUUUAUGGUGUUUGUUUUUGUAUCCUAUUGUGAUGAAUUAAGAUUAAACUGAUGAUUUGAGGCGCUUAAGCGGGAUAUUCAUCUAAAUUCUGUAACAUCACAACAGCAGAUACAUUUUGGGCAGUGGUAGCUCAGUGGUUAAAGACUAGUGAUUACAAGAUUGCUGCAGUAAGCCCUGCCACUGCCAAGUUGCCACUGUUGGGCCCCUGAGCAAGACUCUUAACCCUCAGUUGCUUUAUCGGCUUAAUGUAAUUACGAAUUAGUCACAUUAAUUAAAGACUUUAUAUUAGACUGCCUUUAUUUUGCCCCUUAAAUAUUUAUGAACAUUAAUGGAAUUUUUGUUGCACAGAUGAUAUUUACAUUGUUACAUUAUUCAUUAAAGGUUAAAUAUGCAUUAGAUCUUAUUAUACAGCCUUUUUAAGCAGAGAGGUUUUUUGUUCAUCAGCAGUUUUUUACCGUAAACCUGAAAUGAACUUUAAACUCUGUUCAAUUCUAUUACUGUUUAAAGUGUUAUGUGUAAGUUUUUUUUCCCCACACAUGGAAUAAUUGGUCUUACAAAUAAAUCAGAAAACAAAG